ACAAUAAUAAGUAUCCUGAUUCUGAAUCCUGCAGCGCCGCAGCCAACCGCGAUGAUGUUCUCUCGCAGCAGAUGAAGCGGUCGCAGUUACACGUUACAACCAAACACAGCGGGGGCUCGAAAAUAUCGCAGUGAACUUAACGGGUCUGUCGUCGUAAGUCGCACACGUCGUAAAUCGAGGACAGUCUGUAGUAUCUUGCAGGAGCCAUGCAGUGUUCUCUACCCGGUCGACAUGUUGGUGUGACCUAAGCGAACCAAACCGGGGAAGUACCAAACUGACGUAAUGGCAGUUUGUCGUUGCGCGACGACGUUAUAGCGUCAUCGCGUCAUGACGUCGCCCGAACUGUGAUGGCGGAUGGAGGUUCGCUAGGGACGCAUCGGAGGGACCUGAGAGCGAGUCAUUUAACGGGGCGCUCGACGGAAGCAGCGGCAUACCGUUCGUAGGUUCUACCAGAGAGCGAUGUUGAUUCCUCGUCCUCUGUGGACAUGUAGCACAUUCCGUCGUCGUCUCGCUCAGUAGUAAUAUGUGGGAGAGGAUACCUUUUUUUUGGGAGGACGAACAGAGUCGAGGCGCGGAGCCCACAUCGCUGUGCGUUAACGGUCGCUUGCGGCUGCGCGAGGUCGAGGAGAGCAGCUCGUUGGUGCUGCUGGGCUGAAGCCGGCGGGAGAAGUCCGAGUAGCAGAGCCGCACCAAGCCGGCCAGGAUGAAAUUCACCGAGCACCUUUCGGCGCACAUCACUCCCGAGUGGAGGAAACAAUACAUACAAUAUGAGGCAUUCAAGGACAUGCUUUAUGCUGCACAGGACCAGGCUCCAUCCAUAGAAGUCACAGAUGAAGACACAGUCAAAAGAUACUACGCUAAGUUUGAAGAGAAGUUCUUUCAAGCAUGUGAGAAGGAGUUGGCUAAAAUCAACACUUUCUAUUCAGAGAAACUAGCAGAGGCACAGAGGCGAUUUGCCACCCUUCAGAAUGAGCUGCAGUCAUCUCUCGAUGCACAGCGAGAGAGCAAUGCACCUGGUCUACGCAGGCGCCGCAAGACAGUGUUCCACCUGUCACAUGAGGAGCGAGUCAAGUAUCGCAACAUCAAGGACCUGCAGCUGGCCUUCAGUGAGUUCUACCUCAGCCUCAUACUGCUACAGAACUAUCAGAACCUCAACUUCACGGGUUUCCGGAAGAUUCUGAAGAAACAUGACAAGAUCCUGGAGACGCAACGUGGUGCAGACUGGCGGGUGGCUCAUGUCGAGGUGGCCCCGUUCUACACGUGCAAGAAGAUCACACAGCUGAUAUCAGAGACCGAGGCCCUGGUGACCACAGAGCUGGAGGGAGGAGACCGACAGAAGGCCAUGAAGAGGCUGAGAGUUCCACCACUGGGUGCCGCACAGCCAGCACCAGCUUGGACAACAUUUCGAGUGGGAUUGUACUGUGGAGCCUUCAUAGUUCUCACUGUGGCCUUCAUCAUUAAAGGCGCCUUGUUUAUUAAUGGCAGUAAAGUGUGGCCGCUGGUUCGGAUCUACCGAGGGGGCUUCCUGCUAAUUGAGUUCCUCUUCCUGCUGGGGAUCAACACCUAUGGCUGGCGUCAGGCAGGGGUCAACCACGUGCUCAUCUUUGAGUUGAACCCCCGCGAUAACCUAUCCCACCAGCACCUCUUUGAGAUCGCAGGCUUCCUCGGAGUCCUGUGGUGCUUCAGCAUCUUGUCCUGCCUGUACGCAAACUCGAUCUUCCUGCCCAUGCAGGCCAACCCACUCAUCUUCUAUGGGUUUAUGCUCCUCUUCCUCAUCAAUCCAUUGAAGACUUGCUACUACAAGUCCCGCUUCUGGCUGCUGAAGCUACUGUUCCGGGUGUUUACGGCCCCCUUCCACAGGGUGGAGUUUGCAGACUUCUGGCUGGCAGACCAGCUGAAUUCCUUGGUGGUGGUGCUAACAGACCUACAGUAUCUGGUCUGCUUCUAUAGCUUCAAGGUCAGCUGGAAUAAUCAGCAAGGACUGCUUGUGGACCCCACCGAUGACCCAAUAUGCCACAGUUACUUGUAUGGUGUGCGUGCCAUCAUCCAGUGUCUGCCUGCCUGGUUCCGCUUUGUACAGUGCCUGCGGCGCUACCGCGACACCAAACGCGCCUUCCCACACCUGGUCAAUGCCGGAAAAUACUCCACUACCUUCUUUGUGGUCACGUUCAAAGCACUCUACCAUACCCACAAAGCAAAAAGUGACCCAGACUCGCAGGUGUUCUUCUACCUGCUGAUUGUAUUCUCAGCAAUCAGCUCCUUUUACACCCUCAUCUGGGACCUGAAGAUGGACUGGGGACUGUUUGACCGCAACGCUGGAGAAAACACCUUCCUAAGGGAGGAGAUAGUCUACCCACAGAAAGCCUACUACUACUGUGCCAUAGUGGAGGACGUGAUCCUGCGCUUUGCCUGGACCAUUCAGAUCUCCAUCACUACGCUGAAUGUCAUGCCUUCGGCCUCUGACAUCCUUGCCACUGUACUGGCUCCACUGGAGGUCUUCAGGCGGUUUGUGUGGAAUUUCUUCCGCCUGGAGAACGAGCACCUGAACAACUGUGGCGAGUUCCGGGCGGUGCGGGACAUCUCAGUGGCACCUCUGAACGCUGACGACCAGACGCUGCUGGAGCAAAUGAUGGACCAGGAGGAUGGCGUCCGCAAUCGGCAGGGCAAGAAGAGCUGGAAGCGCAGCUACAGCAUGUCGUUGCGGCGGCCCCGCCUCGCCUCUCAGUCCAAGGUGCGGGACACCAAGGUCUUGAUUGAGGACACAGAUGAUGAGGCAUACACCUGAGACUGAUCAUGCCCUUCUGAUCAGUCCAUCACAGAGCUGCCUCUCUGCACCUCAAGGUCACUUACAUACACACACAUUGAAAUCUGUAUGCAUUACACAGACAUAUAUCCAUACUUGUUCAUGCACCCAGCAUGAAUGACCUGUGGACAAACAGAUCUGUAUUUAAGGAUUCUCACACAAGCGCUCACACACACACACGGCACAGAACAAUGUAUGCACACACUCCUGGGAUCCUGUUUCGUUCUCUUCCUGAUUUUUAGAAGACAUUAUUUUGGGUUUGUAUAUUUCUCGUCAAGUCUAAUUUGCCAAUCAUUUUGUAGAAUAUCAGAAACAAUAGACUUUGAAAAUAUUUAUGUAUAUACCAGAAUAAAAAAAGAGCAUCCAAAUAUAGAUAAUACAAUGGGAAAGUGGACAAUAACCAGAGGAUGAACUGGUUCAAGCUGUUUAUGAUUCUUUAUUGCAAUAUGUAAAGCUCUGGCUGUAUACAUAUAUACGUACAUACAGAUACAUACUUAAAUCUGUGAAUGAUUUAUUUUUUCAUUGUACAUUUGAUUUUCUUUGUCAUUAUUAUUUAUAAAUGUAUGGCUUGAAUGUAUGUGCAAUGAUGUCAAAAUGUUCAAAGGUGGUAAAGAUUGAACCAAGGUUUCUACCAUGUUUUAUGAAAAUACAGGUCCUUUAGGGGUUUAAAAAAAUUCAGUGGCCACAAAUUUAUCUAUUGAUGAGAACGGCUUCCCCUCUCACAGUUCUCCACCACCCAGAGGACUGUACCUAUGGAUACCAAAGAAAAGUCCAUGCAGCCACGUUUUCAGGAAGAACUAAUCUGAGCUUUUCAUUCUUGAAUUGAAUGCACCAUUUUUCCUGACUUUCUGAGUAGUUUUAACUAUUUGAGUAUAUACAACCUUCCUUUGAAAACGUGUGAAGCUACAGGUACUUGAACAUUAUCAAAUUCAGUAUAACAGGCCAGAAUUCAUAGCAGUUCAGUUCCAGAGAAUCAGCUGCAGAUAUCAUCUUUGUGCUGAGUUAGGGCCAUCCGGGUUGCCUUUGUCCACAUUGGGAGAGCAAAGAUAUGUUUUUUUUCUAAGUGGGUAAAAUCUUAACAUCUGCAGUAUUGGGUAUAUUGCAGUAAUGUCUUUAUCACAUACAUUUGAGUACAGUAGUCGCAGCAAACUUUCCUCUGUCUUACUGACAUUUAACAUACAGCAAUUAAUCAUUCCCCGCAUCUUUCAGUGUUGUGCUGAGGGCCCUCCCUGGCACCUGUCCAAAUGAUCUUUUGCCAUUUCAAGCACAUGGACCAAACAUGUUCACUCCCAUCCAUCCAAAAGUCACUUGUAUCGUAGUACAUUCCUCUUAUCCUGCAGAAACAGCUCGAAAACAGACCUGAUUUAAACUUAGUUUUACUAUACUUUUCACCGUGUUUAACUGAUUGAGCAUUGCAUGUUAUAGUGUGUGCAAAUGUCUACAUAGACAUGCAAAUCUGCAUACUUGAUAAAUGUCAGUAUUUGUAAUUUUUUUCAAGCAGUUCUUUAAAUUUAUGGGGGCUGAGAGGGUGUGUUUGGGAAGAUCAGCAUGUAAUGCUUCCUUAACCUCUCAGGUCAGCCCCCCUUUUUUAAAUUUAU